UCUCUCUUGUACAGAAAAAGCAGGACCCCCCGAGUCAAUUGCAUUUUGCUCCUCUUCCUCCUCUCUACCUCCCUUUUAUAUUCCUCCUCCUUCCCUCCCUCCUCUCCUAUCCCACCUUCCUCACCUCACUCAUCUCCCUCUCCCCUCCCCACCUCCAUCCAUGGGCAGAUCUCCUUGCUGCGAGAAAGAGCACACCAACAAGGGAGCCUGGACCAAGGAGGAAGACCAGCGUCUCAUCAACUACAUCAAGCUCCAUGGUGAGGGCUGCUGGAGAUCUCUCCCCAAAGCUGCUGGUUUGCUUCGAUGUGGCAAGAGUUGCAGGCUCAGGUGGAUUAACUAUCUCAGGCCUGAUCUCAAGAGAGGCAAUUUCACUGAAGAAGAAGACGAGCUCAUCAUUAACCUCCACAGCCUCCUCGGCAACAAAUGGUCUCUGAUCGCCGCCAGGUUACCGGGGAGAACCGACAAUGAGAUCAAGAACUACUGGAACACACAUAUCAAGCGGAAACUUUAUAGCCGCGGAAUCGACCCUCAAACGCAUCGGCCGCUCAACGCCGCUGUCAACCCCACCGCCACCCCCGCGGCAGAUACUGUCGCGGUCAUCAGAAGCAACAGUGAUGGCAGUGAUGACAAUAACAGCAAAUUUCAGUUAGCGACGACCGAGCUGGGCAGCGCCAACAACAACAAUAAUGCUACGAAGAUCGUAAAAACUGAAUCGGCCUGCGAAGACUCGAACAGCAGCAGUGGGCUCACCACAGAAGAAGCCGCCUGUGCGCGUGCGCAGCUCAACUUGGAGCUCACCAUAGGCCUUCCCUCUGAUCAGCCUUCUCCUGGGAACCGGGACAAGUUUAAACGACAAGCACGAGACCAGCCUCGGCCAGACCAACAAGUCUUGUACCACUGGUAUGGCAACUUCAGUAGUUCUAGUCAAGGCGUGUGUUUGUGUUAUGGACUAGGGUUUCAAACUAAGGAUCAAGCAUGUAGCUGCAAAUUAGCCAUGGGUGCAUCUGCUGUUACUACUACUGCUAACCCUCCUGCCGUUACAGAAAACGCGACCGAUAUGUAUAGAUUUUACACACCCAUGAAUAUUUAGAAAAGCUUUAAUUAAUUAGGAAUCAUUCGGUACUAAUCUCAACGCUUACUUUGUAAUGUUGCGGUUAUUACUUGUUAGCAUCAAGGAAUUAAAAUAGAUGCUGCAGGAUUCCUACAUUCGCAAGGUUAGGAAUUCUCAGAUAAUUUUGGUUUCAUACAUUUGAUAUAUUCUUUCUCA